UAGCUCAUUUAUCACAAUUUUGUUCUUUGUUUCAGAUAUCAUCUGAGUUUUGAAACAACAUGAGCCCAGAUGAUACUGGAAAUACUGUUUCUCAUACUGAUACAGAAGAGAACCAAAGGGUAAUACCCUAUGUGUCGUUCAUUUACAAUUACUUGAUUAAUAAUCUACUGAUCAGUCUAUUUAUCGUACCAGUUAGUGUUGUAAUAUUUAUUGAAGCUGCACGGCGAAUAAAUCCUGAGGAUACGUAUAAUCAGCUUUUGCAUCAAUAUGUUCAUCAGAACAAUGUUGUUUGUGUUAUGGUUUGUUUAGCUCUAACGGUUUUUGGUUUGGUAGGUUACUGGAUGAGUCGGCCUUUCCCAAUUUACCUUGUUGAUUGUGCAUGUUAUAAACCACCUUCGAACCUCAAAGUGUCAUGCCAGAAGUUCCUUGGAAACGCAAGAAGGUUAGGUUACCACAAUGAGUCUUGGUGUAAUUUUAUGGGUAAGAUUCUUGAAGUUUCUGGACUUGGGGAUGAGACAUACGUGCCUCAAUCCGUGCAUGAAAUCCCUCAAGAUUUUUCAAUGGCAAGUGGAAGGGAUGAAACUGAGCAGGUAAUUUUUGGAGCUUUAGAUAAUCUCUUCUCUAAAACCUUCGUCAAAGCACAGGACAUCGGAAUUCUUGUUGUGAAUUGUAGUUUGUUUAAUCCUAUUCCUUCGCUUUCGUCUGUAAUUGUUAAUAAGUAUAAGCUUAGAGAUAGUAUUAAGAGCUUCAAUCUAGGAGGGAUGGGUUGCAGUACUGGGGUGAUUGCAGUUGAUGUCGCAAAAAAUUUACUUCAGAUUCAUCGAAAUACUUAUGCGAUUGUAGUGAGCACUGAAAACAUUCAACAGGGUGGGUACCUUGGAAAAAACAAAUCUAUGUUGAUCUCUAAUUGUCUAUUUCGUAUUGGCGGUGCUGCGGUUCUUCUCUCCAGCAGAUCUCAAGACAAGCAACGAGCCAAGUACAAAUUGGUUCAUAUUGUGAGAACGCACUUUGGCUCGGAUGACAAAGCAUAUAAGUGUGUGAUGCGGGAGGAAGACGAAGCGGGUUUACUUGGUGUCUCCCUAUCAAAAACUCUCAUGCCGGUUGCAGGGUUGGCACUUAAGACCAAUAUCACCACUCUAGGUCCGUUCGUGCUUCCUAUCAGCGAACAACUUAGAUAUUUUAUAACCAUGAUGGCGAGUAAGUUAAUAAAGUGUGCAAAUUUAAAGACUUACAUUCCAGAAUUCAAGCUUGCGUUCGAUCAUUUCUGUAUACACGCUGGUGGAAAAGCAGUGAUUGAUGAAAUGGAAAAGAAUCUAAAAUUAUCGCCCAUUCACAUUGAGCCUUCUCGAAUGACUCUUCAUCGAUUUGGAAACACAUCAUCGAGCUCAAUUUGGUAUGAAUUGGCCUACAUUGAGGCCAAAGGAAGGAUGCAUAAGAAUCAUCUCAUCUGGCAGAUUGCACUAGGAAGUGGCUUCAAGUGUAAUAGUGCAGUCUGGAUUGCACUCAAGAAUGUGAAACCAUCAUCUAAUGACAAUAACCCUUGGGAGGACUGUAUUGAUAGGUAUCCUGUAGAAUCCAUGUAAUAAGGGUUCAAUCAUGAAAAACCACUAUAGGGAAUUAUAUACUGAUAGUUAUAUGUAGUGAAAAGUAGAUAGUAAUUGAGUGUUACCACGAAUAAAUAACUGAGCCAGUGUCCAACAUUUGAGUUGGACAUACAGGCACUUGGGGGUUUGUUUGAGAGGUUUGAACUUUGAAGUUCACUUGCGUCCGGGUUGAGAAUAACUGAAGUUAGACUUCUGCAAAUGAAAAUAAUUAUGCAAAGUUUAGUUGCAAAGUAUGUACGAGUUCGUUUUUAUCGUA